CUCAAUUUCAGUUGCUUCGAACCAGCAAAAUCCUCGAGUCUCUCUCUCUCUCUCAUUCCUAUCUUUCUCUCUCUAGGAAUUAGGGCAAAACCAGAUCUUAAUCCACACUCUAUACUCUUACACCGCAACCACAUUUCUCACAAUUUCCCGUUUCUGCGCCGGAGAUCCAACUCGCCGGAGAUUGAUCCGUCGUUUGAUGUUUUCUCUCUGUUUCUCGUUGAAAUUCUAGUAUGGACUCGAUUUGGAGUCGUAGUGCCCUGUCCACAGCUUCGGACUUCCUCACUGCAAUCUACUUCGCCUUCAUCUUCAUCGUCGCCAGGUUUUUCUUGGACAGAUUCAUCUAUCGAAGGUUGGCCAUCUGGUUAUUGAGCAAGGGAGCUGUUCCAUUGAAGAAAAAUGAUGCUACACUGGGAAAAAUUGUAAAAUGUUCGGAGUCUUUGUGGAAACUAACAUACUAUGCAACUGUUGAAGCAUGCAUUCUUGCUAUUUCCUACCAAGAGCCAUGGUUUAGAGAUUCAAAGCAGUACUUUAUAGGGUGGCCAAAUCAAGAGUUGACGCUUCCCCUCAAGCUUUUCUACAUGUGCCAAUGUGGGUUCUACAUCUACAGCAUUGCUGCCCUUCUUACAUGGGAAACUCGCAGGAGGGAUUUCUCUGUGAUGAUGUCUCAUCAUGUAGUCACUGUUAUCCUAAUUGGGUACUCAUACAUAUCAAGUUUUGUCCGGAUCGGCUCAGUUGUCCUUGCCCUGCACGAUGCAAGUGAUGUCUUCAUGGAAGCUGCAAAAGUUUUUAAAUAUUCUGAGAAGGAGCUUGCAGCAAGUGUGUGCUUUGGAUUUUUUGCCAUCUCAUGGCUUGUCCUACGGUUAAUAUUCUUUCCCUUUUGGGUUAUCAGUGCAUCAAGCUAUGAUAUGCAAAAUUGCAUGAAUCUAUCGGAGGCCUAUCCCAUGUUGCUAUACUAUGUUUUCAAUACAAUGCUCUUGACACUACUUGUGUUCCAUAUAUACUGGUGGAUUCUUAUAUGCUCAAUGAUUAUGAGACAGCUGAAAAAUAGAGGACAAGUUGGAGAAGAUAUAAGAUCUGAUUCAGAGGACGAUGAAUAGGCGGAAGAUUUUGUUCAAUUUUUUUGGUUCUCACCAGAGGGGGAAAUCACUUUGACUUGUUUGUAGGUUUGUCUCAUGAGUUCAAUUGGUUAUUACCCAUAGGAAAGGGUUAAAGAAUUUAAUGUAUUCCUAAUUUAUCUUCAAAUAUUCUUGGAAUAGAGAAAAAAAAAAAAAAAGAAAGAAAGAAAAGGGGUUAGGACCAUUAAGCAUUUCUUUUAUAUAUUUUCCUUGCUGUACAAAUAAUAGGCAAUUCCUGUAUAAUUUUUUCUGGAUGAUUUCUUGUCCUGAGAUUUGUCUUUCUGUGAGUAAAAGGGGAAAAAAGAACCGGCCAUUAAAAUAUUCCUUU